AAAAAGAACUCUACCACGCCGCCACCGGCGUCCCUUCUCUCGGCCUCGCGAUCCAGCCCACGCCAGUCGUUCCAUCACUCCCCCGCUGGUUCCCAACAACGUCGCGAUCCAGACCCAUCCAGAAGCUUCUCGAACCCACCUACCCCCGCCGGCAACGACCUACCGACCGACCGCCGCGCCGGCGCCGAGCGGAGAUGGGGUACAUCGGGGCGCACGGCGUGGAGACGCUGAAGCGGUACAGGUACAGCGGGCAGGACCACUCCGUGGUGGCCAAGUACGUGCUCCAGCCCUUCUGGAGCCGCUGCGUCACCCUCUUCCCGCUCUGGAUGCCGCCAAAUAUGAUCACACUCACAGGAUUUGUGUUUCUAGUUACAUCGGCUCUGCUUAGCUAUAUAUAUUCACCCCGCCUCAACACAGCUCCACCUCGGUGGGUCCAUCUUGCCCAUGGAUUACUUCUCUUCUUAUACCAGACUUUUGAUGCUGUUGAUGGUAAACAAGCAAGGCGCACCAGCUCGUCAAGUCCUCUAGGAGAACUUUUUGACCAUGGAUGUGAUGCCCUUGCCUGUGCAUUUGAAGCCUUGGCCCUUGGAAGCACAUUGAUGUGUGGAAGAUUGACGUUCUGUUACUGGGUAGUUGCUGCUGUCCCAUUCUAUCUCGCAACAUGGGAACACUACUUUACAAAUACGCUCAUUCUUCCUGUCAUAAAUGGACCGACAGAAGGCCUGAUGCUGAUCUAUGUCUCACACUUUUUCACCUUUCUUACUGGUGCUGAAUGGUGGGCACAAGAUUUUCGGAAAUCAUUACCCCUUGUUAAUUUGGUUCCACUUCCAUUUAUUCCAGAAAUCCCCCUGUACGUUAUCGUGCUGAUUCUUAUGAUCCUGUUUGCUGUGAUCCCGACAGUUGGAUCCAAUGUUGGUAAUGUCCAAAAAGUAGUUGAUGCGCGAAAAGGAAGCAUGGAAUUAGCAUUAGCGAUGCUCCUUCCAUUUAUUGCGCUGUUAGCUGGAGUUGCUGUCUGGUGUUAUCUUUCUCCUUCAGAUAUCAUGAGGAACCAGCCACAUCUGCUUGUGAUUGGAACUGGUUUUGCUUUUGGAUAUUUGGUUGGAAGGAUGAUACUUGCUCAUUUAUGUGACGAGCCAAAAGGUCUAAAAACUGGAAUGUGCAUAUCUCUGGUGUUUCUUCCAUUUGCUAUAGCUAAUGCUCUCACUGCAAAGAUUAAUGAUGGGACUCCUUUAGCUGAUGAGCUUCUGGUUCUUCUUCUGUAUUGUGCCUACACAGUGGGCCUUUACAUGUAUCUCGCUGUUUCGGUUUGUCAUGAAAUCAAAGAUGCUCUUGGGAUCUAUUGUUUCAGGAUAACUAGAAAAGAGGCUUGAAUUCGUAUGUAGCAUGGGAUGCAUUCAGCCACCUUAUUGCUUUCAAGGUGGGAAUCCUAGAUAUUGUCUGCCAAUCACAAGGAUAGCCUUACAACUCAUUGGCAAUGCCGUGCAUGUGGGAAUCUGAUCUCCAGAACACCUGACCACUAUAGUCAGCAGUCAUUCCACUUGUUUGAUACAGAUAGAUAUUUUGAGUACUGUAACGCAGAGUUAUCUUAAGUAGCGUAUGUGCGUGUUAUGUGGUCGGUGUAAUAUGUACAUUACUUUAUGGUUUGGUAGAAUGUAUUGAGAGCAAUAGCAGAUAGAAUGAACCGCUGUAAGAUAUGUUGAAGUCACACUUUCCGUGAACUUUAGACCAGCCUUUAUAUGAAGGUACAAUGUAGCCAGUUUAUGCAAACUAGGGUUUCUUUUA